AUGUUAGCAAUAUCGGAGAAGAAAACCAAAAAUGCAGAAAAAGGCUAUCUUGCGUCUUACAAGGCCAUGCGCGGGUGGGUGGUGCGGUGGUGGAGCGGCGGGUCGCGCGCUCGUCUACGCUGGUUGUGUGCGCUGCUAUGCUGGGGCGCGCUGGCAGCUCUCGCGCUGCCGCGGCUGCAGCAGGCGCCCGCGCUCCGCGCCUCCGCGCCGCCCGCGCCCCCCGCUCGCCUCCUGCUGCAGUCGGAGCCGGCCGCCUCCACGCCCGCCACGCCGCCGCCUCGCCCCGCCACCGACACCCGCGUACUCUCCGAGGAAGAGUUGGUCGCCGACGCCGAGCGCCGCCUCCCCUCCCUCCCCCUUGCCUACUGGCGCAAACACAAGGACGACAAAAACAAAUUUUUCAAGAAAAAGGAUUGCGCCCCCUUCCCCUCUAUAUAUGAUCUCGAAUUCCAUAACACCUACUGGCAGACGUUUCACUCCUCUCAGGGAGUGUUCCAUUUCUACGGCGCAUAUAUGGACGCGCGCAACACAUCACGCAUCGGGCCCGCGGUGCGCGUGCUUGCAGUCCACGACCGCAUUAAGCCGGCGCUCGCGACACAUUGUCAGCUGUGGUUUGAAGAACGCGACGCGCCAGUGGUAGUGCGCAAUCUCGAGUACAAGUACGUGUGGAACAGCAAGUGGGGCAACUACCGGGAUCACGUGCUGCAGCCGUACCUGCUGGCGUGCGUGCUGCCCCAGGAGGUGCGCCACCUGGUGCCCGCCUCCGUCUCUAUAGUGGAGAACCCUUGCGAUAGGGCCACCAAUAACCUUCGCGUCCACUAUCAUCGCCCGCCGGUGGAAGAUCGGAAAGAGUUCGCGGUCUGCGUAAAAGGUCUCGAUUUCUUGCACGAAGACCUCUCGGUGCGCCUUGUCGAGUGGAUCGAACUCGUCCGGUUACUCGGAGCUGACAAAAUUUUUUUCUACGAACUGCAAGUGCAUCCGAACAUAACGAAGGUGCUGGAAUACUAUACCGCCCAGGGCGCAGUGACCGUGACUCCCGUAACAUUACCCGGAGGUCAACCGAACCUGCCAGGCCUGCAGCAUAUGUAUCUCAAAAAGAAAACGACGCACAAGCGACAGAUGGAACUGAUCCCGUACAACGACUGCCUAUACCGGCACAUGUACGAGUACAGAUGGUUGGCUCUUCUCGACAUCGACGAGAUUAUCGUUCCGCUCGAGGACGACGACUGGAGUUCGUUGAUGAAGCGCGUGCUGCCUCUGUCGACGCCCGCGGAGGGCAAGCCGCCUCGGAGCUCGUACCACGCGUCCAACUUAUACUUCCUAGAUUCCCUGCGUCACGAACACGGCUGGGAAGAGGGCGUGCCACGACACCUGCAUAUGCUGCAGCACGUGUACCGCACGCGCAACUUCACAAAGCCCGGCCAGUAUGUGAAGGCGUUCCACGAAACGGAGCGCGUGUUAGCACUACAUAACCAUUUCCCGCUGGCGUGCUUGGGCGGCGCAUGUUCUUCGUAUGCGUUGCAGACGGAGCACGCCCGACUGCAGCACUACCGUGCCGACUGUGUGACGGCGCUGAGCAAGAGCUGCGCGGAACUGCGAGCGCAGCCGGUGCGCGAUACGGCCAUAUGGCGGUGGCGCGAGCCCCUCAUAGCGCGCACGGACACGGCGUUGCGUGCCCUCGGCUUCCUGCCGCCGCACCGGUGA